CCCCCCGCCCCGGAGCGCCGGCAGUCCAGGCAGGCCUCGGCCCAGCGAAGCCCGCAGGCCCGGACCCCGCAUCCGAGGCCCCCCCGCCCCCCCCCGAGCAGGAGACCCCCCCGCCCCGGCCCGGGCCUCCCGCCGCCCCUUCCACCAUGGACUCCGCCAGGGACUACGUCUCCGCCCUGUCGCCCGGCUCCUUGCUCAGGUCGGUGUCCAACGUGAGCUCCCAGCUGGGCCGGAGGGUCUGGUCCCCGGCGCCCCCGCCCCGGCGGCCUUUCCGGAUCUGUGACCACAAGCGCGCCACCCGCAAGGGGCUCACGGCCGCCACGCGCCAGGAGCUGCUCGACAAGGCCACGGGGGCGCUGGGGUUGAGCGGGGCCCCGGCGGCGGCGACGCUGGUGCUGGAGGAGGACGGCACCGCCGUGGACGGCGAGGAUUUCUUCCAGCUGCUGGAAGACGACAGCAGCUUCAUGGUGCUGGGGCCCGGGCAGAGGUGGAGCCCCGUCAGGGGGAGCGUGCUGGCGUACGGGCUGGGCCGGGAGAAGCCGCGCCACAGCAAGGACAUCGCCCGCAUCACCUUCGACGUCUACAAGCAGAGCCCCCGCGACCUCUUCGGCAGCCUCAACGUCAAGGCCACCUUCUACGGCCUCUACUCCAUGAGCUGCGACUUCCAGGGCCUCGGCCCCAAGAAGGUGCUCAGAGAGCUGCUGCGUUGGGCGUCCAGGCUGAUGCAGGGCCUGGGCCAGAUGCUGCUGGGCAUCUCCUCCACCCUGCGCCACGUCAUCGAGGGGGCGGACCAGUGGCAGGGGCAAGGCCGGCUCCACGCCUACUGACCCGGGGGGCUCGGCCUCCGCUCCCCGGGCCCCGCUUCCGGACCCUCGGCCGCCGUCCGGAGCCUCCGGCGCCGCCCCCCCCCCCCCGGCCCUUCUCCCCUCCCUGGGGCAUCCCCCUCUCCCCGCCGCGGCCCCUGGCCGGCCGCGAGUUCGUCGCCAAUAAAAUAGAAAAAUAUUUA